GUAACAGUUUUUACAAAUACACAUUCGCAAAGGAAUCUGAUCGGGAUUAUGAUGAUAAAGUAGAACAAUAAACCGAUUUUGUGUGUGGCGCAUAGGAGAAAGCGACUGUGUUUUACAGCUGCGUUGGUGGUUUACAGUCGUGUCUGAGGUUUUGGAAACAUGUCCAAGAAAAGGGGCAGAUUUGUUCUUGCAAUGCCACAACAAAUUACAGGGAUGCAAACUCCUGAGGGGCGAAAAAGGAAGCGUAGCAGCGGCGAGCUCAGCGACAGUCUCACUCCGGAUCCCAACAACCUGCUCGGCCGACGGAUCCAACACAGCUGGCGGGAGAAGGGUGCACUUACCAAAUGGAAGGGAACAGUACUGGACCGGCUCACGGUCAACUCAUCCUUAUACAUGGUCAAAUACGACGGCUUUGAUUGUGUCUACGGAAUCGAGCUCUUUAAGGAUGAGAGAGUUUCCAACCUGCAGGUCCUCACAGAAAAAGUGGUGAACAACAAGAUCAAGGUUCCUCAUGACGCAGAGGAGCUGGUGGGGAAAGCUGUAGAACAUCUGUUUGAGAAGGAAGACGGUGAGAAGAACGAGUGGAGGGGGAUGGUGCUGUCUCGCGCACCCAUUAUGACCAACUGGUACUACAUCACCUAUGAGAAAGACCCUGUUCUGUACAUGUACCAGCUCUGGGACGACUACAAAGAUGGAGACCUGCGGAUUUUACCUGAAGCAGAAAAUAAACACCUGCUGCCAGCAGACAGGAAGCCCGGAGAGGAGACAGAGAGUCUUGUGGGUAAGCAGGUGGAGUACGUGACGGAUAAAGGCGUGAAGAGAACCGGCCUCGUCAUCUAUCAAGUUCCCGCCAAGCCAUCUGUGUACUACAUCAAAUACGACGACGAUUUCCACAUCCACGUUUACGACCUGGUUAAGACGACCUAAAACAAACAGACAAAGCGAAGAAAACUAAAACAAACCCGCUUUCGUCUCACCUCGUAGUAGCUUAAGUAUCAUCGCAUUGUACCUUCUCAUUGUACAGUUCGCCAUGCUAUGAAGUGCUGGCCGCGGAGGUAUGAAGCGUUAGUGUGCAGGGUUUGUUAUUUUGUGUGGUUGUCCAAAUUGACAGCGUAGGAAGACGAUUUUUUAAAUUGUCAUAUCAAAACCAUGUAUUUAUAUGUGUGCAUUGGGCAUCAUUCAGUGAUUUCACAUGUUUAUUAGCCCAUAUAACAGGAUGUCUUUCACCUCGAAAGUAGCUUUGAUUCAGCUGUAAGCCCCGGGACAGGUCAAUCUCAUAUGAGUUUUGAGAUUUGUAUUUGAAUGUUCAGCCUCGUAAGACUGGCGAGGAUUUUCCUUCAUUUAAACUGUAAAUAGCUGCAGACGUCACGUGCAAGAAACAGGAAGGCGUUCUUUAACUGACACCACAGAGACUUAUUUAUUCAAUCAAUAAGCUUCGAAAACAAAUGUUUGCACCCAGGAAACCUUUAAAACCUUUGAGUUGGGCAUCAUUUCAUGCAUAUUGUGUUUCACUGAAUUCUGUCGCAGUUCUUUUCCUCAAACCAAAUCCGAACAGACCUGCAACUUGACAAAUGUUUGCGCUUUCCACUACAUUUAGUAGGUGGCUUUUGAUUUAAAAAAAAAAAAAAAUAAAUAAAAAAUGUCAAUUUUGUAAGGGUGCCAUGCUAAGACUCAAACUCAACAAAAGUAGCAUGUAGCAGGUAAAAUUUACUUUUAACAUGUUUUUGGCAUUUUAAUAACGAUUCACCUCAUUAAAAACAAGAAUAACAGUGUGACAAGGUCGAAUGCAACAUCACGCCCCAUCUGUAGCAUUGCUAACGUGCUCUACGGAGAGGGUUGUUUGUGUUUCUAAUGUGAAAUCAUCCGUGUUUUAUUGAACAUUAGCUUAGUCUUUGAAUAAAAGAAGAACACUUAUUCCUAAACACACAACUACAUUUGUGAUUUUCAACGUCAUGCGUAUAGAAAACUCGAGCAACUGUUCAUAGUUUGAAGUAUAUGUUUUCUUUUCUGUGAUGAUUUGUUUUUACUAUUGUAAAUGUCAAUAUAUAUAUAUAUAUAUACAGUAAGAGUUGAUCAUUACAUCUCUUUAUCCAUAAAAAAACUGAUUUGAAACCAACUUAUGUUGCCAGUCCUCUGACCUCUAUUUGAUAAAGUCUGAUUUGUGACUUGCAAAGUUUAAAAGACCUCAAUAUAGUCAAAUCUGAAUCAGAAACCAACAGGGUGGAAACUGUUAGACUGCUAAAAAAAACAUGAUCAAAUCAACUCCUCCCAUUGCCUUACUGUGAAUUAAAGGCAUAUCAUAAAUGAUGACAUGCCCAUGUUUAUCAGAUUUGAUGUGUAUGAUAUUAAAGCUCUUGUGAUGGCACCUUAUAUUAUUUCUAUGGAAGCCCUGAACCGCAAGGUGAAAACAAAAAAAAAAUUGAACACAAAAAUAGUCUUGUUUUUUUUCAAACAGUGAAAAAAAAUUUUUUUUUGGGACAUUUGUUUUUUUUGGAUGUGAAAAAAAAUAAAUUUUAAGAGAGGAAAAAAAAAAUUUGAGAGAAAAAAUUUUACAUUUUAAGAGAGAAAUUUUUUUUAAGACAGGCUCAGAAACGAACUGAGACACCAUUUAUUAAAAACAUUUUCACAGUUUUUUUCAUCACCUUGCGGUUCAGGGCUUCCAUAUAUUUCAGCAGAUCUGAGUAAUGAGGAGCGAUUUUCUUAUUUCUUGUCAAGUAAAAGACAAGUUUCCCCUUGUGCAUACAUGUCAGUUUCACUCACAGUUUUGACAUCAUGCACCAGCUUUUAAACAGGAUAAAAAUGAACAAUGAAAUGUCUUUGGUGACACUCUUUUCCCUCUAUUUUGCUUCACAUUUUGUCUAAGCAUGUCAUAAUUGGCCUCCUAUUCAUGUAGCUGAUCAGGACUUUUUUUGCUUGUCGCAUUCGCACUUUAUUCUUAUGCUGACAAGUGCAGCUCUGAUACUGCUCGGAGUCAAUUAAAAACAUUGCUCUUUUCUUUGCAACUGAAAUUAACCUUCACACAAAGUAUGUUGUCUUACCUGAUUGGCAUCACCAAAAGGUACAAGAACGGUUGCUUGACUGCUUCAAAACUUCGUUUAGUCUAAAAUGAUUUUAUACUUUUCUUUGACCAGAUUUUAAUGUUUCAUAUGAUCGGUUAUAAUCAAAUCAAAAUUACCACCACUUGCAAAAGACCUGCUCAUAAACGGGAGUGACUAUGUACAUUUUAAGGAUUGCAUUAUCAAUUGAUGCCACUUUUUAUCUUUGCAUGCGGUUAAAAUGUCCCAGACUUCAUUACAUUAGCAGAAGCGGUUUAUUGUAUGGUUUUGUUGUAGGUAGAUAUUCAAGAAGUCAUUUUAAAGAACACGGCUCGUUUAAAGGAAGAUCCACACAAAAAUGAUUCAAUCAUUUAUUAACCCUCAUGUCAUUCUAAACCUGUAUCAUUUUCAUUCUCCCAUGGAAAACAAAAGUAGCUGUUUUGCAGAAUGUUGGCGCCGCUCUUCUUUUUGGCAGGUCUCUGUAUAUUCUCUAUUUCAACGAAAAGAUUUGAUGAUUUCAGGCUGUUGAGAUGUUCAAGGUUUCCUGAUUCUCAACAGGCUUCCGCAGUUUUCUUCUAUCUGUGAACGAGUAAUUCUGUCUCUGGCUUCUUUGUAGAUGUGUUUUAUCGUGCGAUCAGCGAGCUUCUGCCGACUCCUCUGGUUCUCCUAUUUAAUCUGUUCUUUUGCUGCUUUUUACCAAAGUUACAUUUCAGUAGGUGAUAUUGAGGACUGUCAAACUGUUAAUCCUUUCUGUUUGUGUAAUGAUGUUAUCAUAAAUAAAAGAGAUAUUUUUU